GAGCGACAGCAGGUUGUGAAGGCCCAGAAAUGUCAUCAGCAGACCUAUCACCCCCAGACCUAUCUUCACCGCCAGUCACUGGAUUUGCUGAGUUACUAGAUGAGCAGGAUCCGCCUUCUACGGCUGACAACAUUGCUAUUCACAUUGUGCCGCCUCAAGAAGGUGCACUUGAAGUAGAUGUAGAGUCUGAAGCUGGUACGAGAACUGGUCCUCUUUGUACUGGCUUUCUCCUAGAGUCUGAAGGUACUACAACAAACGAAAAGAACCUACUAGAAGAGCCUGCUCGUCCCGCACCAGCAGAAGGGUCGCUUCCGGAAGUAGGAAUGCCAGCACCAGGCUCGCCUGAAAGAAAACCGGUACCGGUAGAGCAUCUCCAGGGGUUCAAGACUCCUAAAGCAGCAUGUCGUUUUGACCCUGACAAGCCGCCGAACAGUGAUGGGACGACGGCGACACUGACCCCUGACCCCAACAGCCCAGGACUGAAUCCCUGGAGUCCUGGCUCGCCAGAUGACUGGAAAUUUCUCUCACCUGGACUUGGACCCAGUUCACAGAAGCGAGUCAGCUUUGACCCUAACAACUUCCCAGUUGUACCUCCGUUACCAGGACGAGGCUCCUCUCAAGAUGAACAUCAAGGAUCAGAUCUUCCUCUCGUCGAGGCAGGAGGCUCCUCUCAACUUUAUGGUGGAUCAUCUCCCCAACUUCCUCGUCAAGGUCAACAUGGUCAGCAGGGUCGUGGUUCUCACCCGAAGGAGAUGGUGGAGUUUCCUCUCGAGCUGAGAGCAGGAGAACAACAGCAUCUGCCUUCAACAUUGCCUGGAGGGCAACUACGUGCUAGUAGUAGUAGUAGUUCUUCUCCUUCUGCAGGGGCCGGGGCCGCGUCUUCUGCGGCUCCUCGAGGAGGAGGAGGAAGCAGUUCUACAGCUGAGUCACUUCAUCAAGUACUCCGCGAUUUUAGCGGCGAUGUUCCUGAAAUGGAGGACCUUCCUCCUGCAGCUGUUCCAGGUAGCUUCUACACUUUCGAUCCACGGGAAGAAUUUUUUCUAUCAUCAGCACCAUCAGCAGAUGAGAGCGGGGACCGAGAAGCGGAGGAGCAAGUAGAGGCAAGGAUUUCGCAAGAGGACCCGGCAAUGAUUUCUGCAGGGCUUAGAGAAGAACUCAAAGGCAGACCCUUCUAUAACCAAUGGCUUGGUCAUGCAUCUGGCACUACAACUAAUACUAGUACACUACAACGAGCUCCCGCAACAGUGGCUAAUAGACGACCUCCGCGAGCUCCCGUAUUACCAGGAAUUGCAGAAGAUGAUCGUGAAACAAGUCCGAGUCCGAGGACGACUGCAGAAUCUAUUCAAGGAAGAGCCUUUGAGGAACAAGAGCCGGCAGAAGGCACCGCAGAUUCUGCUCCUUUGGGCACCGCUACUGUAGGAGCACAACUUCUUUGGGCCACCGCAGAUUCUCCAGCAGCUGCCACUGCUUUCAGUGACCAUGCAGGCGAGCACAGCCCUCUUGGAAACGACGUUAGCGUUAGCUGGCAGCCACCCGCGGGGGGUUUUGCCGCCGUUGCGGCAGGUCUGCAGCAUAGUAGUGCUAGUGGAUCACGCUGGUCGAGUCUUACUAGUGCUCUCACACCGCCUCCUGAAGUGCCACCUGAUGCCAUUAGAGCAGGUAUCGAAGUCGGAUUGUUCGAGCCAACGGCUAGUACUGCUGGAUUGGCCGUGCAGGGAGAAUCCACAACUAUCAACAUUUCCCCAGGUCGUGAUGGUUCAGAAAAUGCAUCAGUGACCCCUUUUCGGUCGCCGCCACCGACGUUUAAUCCAGGAUCUUCGGGACAACCACCCACAAUAAGAGGAGACGUACCGCCUCAAGUUUUAGAACAAGAACCUCUCGUUCAAGAAGGAAAAGUAGGACCAAGAAGUUCACUAGCAGGGUACCAAAAAAGCGGAGAACUACAUGAUCAAGUAGGACGAGAACAAGGAGAACCACAACCAGAACAACAACUACAUGUACAUCAUCAAGUACAUCAACAUGUUGAUGUUGAACAAGUACCACCUACUUUACAUGAACAAGUGCCUCCUCCUUCACGAGGAGUGGAAGAAUCGAAAGAACAUCGUGAAGAAGGUGGAUUUCUACAACGUCUACAACAAGAUCCAACUAGUAAAAAUUUUUACGCUACUAGUACGUCGGUGGCGGGAGAAUCAGCAAUAUUAAACAAGUCUUCUAAUUUAAUAGUUAAAUUAGAACCAAAAACUUCGAGAAUAGAAGUAGAAGGAGCUCCUGCACAAAAAGAACUUCUACAUCAAGUAGAUCAAGAUCACUUUUCACAGCCCCAGUCGCCGCCUCCAUCGAGCUCAAAAUUGAGGCAAGAUAGUGUAACUGCUGGAGCAGCUUCACCAAGUACCUCAUGGGCCCCUGCACCACCUACUUCGUCGCUUGUUCCGACACAGGGUAGUGGUGCUCAGAGUAGCACGGCCCAGAGUAGUACUGCUCCGAGUAGUACUGCUACAGGAGAAAUAUCAUCAGGAGUUGCACCAGCUACGUCGAUAGCAGUUCCUCUUAGAGGACGAUCCCCUUCGCCUCAAGUACGCACCCCAGCAGCAAGCACCGCAGCGCCAAUGUCCCCACCUCCGACGCCGAGAGACAUUUUUUCCCCUCCGCCAUCCGCACUGCCAGGGUCACGACCUAGACAAGUACCAGCAUUCAAUCUGGAUGAAGGAAGCAGCUCAAGCUUUUUUUUCGCUUCUCAAGAACAAGGAGGUGGACAACAAGAACAAGGAGGAGAGCGUCACGUGUUGCCACCACAAGCACAAGCACAAGUCGUCGGAGGGGCAUCCCCAUCAGGAGGAAGUAGAAGAAGACUAAGGGAUAGCGGAACAGGUGCUAGCGGAUCUGGAGGAAGCGCGUCUGGGAGUGCUUCUGGAAGCUCUUCUGGAUAUGCAAGCUCUUCUGGAUAUGGAAGCUCUUCUGGAUCUGCGCCACAAAAAACUCCAAUUCCUCAGCAUCAUAGCUCUUUCGGUCCGGACAACCUGCCUUCAUUCGCAGCUCUGAGUGCUGCCGCUGACGCGGCCAAGCCGCCGUUUCCGGUCCCUCAGAACAAGCUUUUUGAUGAAAAGGAAAACAAGCGGUUUGAGGAUGAUUACAAGACACGGUUCAACAAGCCAGGUUAUGGUCCCGGACAUCAAUAGACUCAACUUUCUAGUCUGGUGGUCGACACUAAGUGGUCGUCCUCUGAUGUGGUACAUAUAAUUUCGACUUUCUGGUGGCUAGAAGCUUCGCAAAAGCUUCGUUUUUCUCUUUCUGUUUCAACCUUCUUCGCUAUGAAGGAUGCUCUUUUUGAGAAAAAGAGUGAUGAUGCGAAUGAACUUGGAAACUCUAGCUCUAACGAGGCCCUGCAGCUCCUGCACUGAAUGUUUCUGUUAUUGAAGAGGGCUUAAAAUCGUUGUUAGCAACUGGGAAGCUGCCAGCACCAUCUCCAAAAUCCGAGUCUCCUACUUCUCCAGAACCAGAGGGAGAUUUUAUCUUCUAGAGAUUUUCUCUUCUUGAGACGCGAUGAUGAGGAUUUUAUCUUCUAGACUGCAGUUGGCGGAGGAGGCAGAUGAUGGAGGUUUAUUGUCUCCUGAUGUUAUCUUCUAGAGCUGGGGUUUUUAUUUUCUACAGAGCGGAUGGGAUUUCAUACAACUGGAAUGAGUUGAAAGCACUACUAGAAAGAAUGAGAAGAUCCUCAGCAGGAGCUUCAUAAGAAUGUGGUUGGAGCUUCGAUCUGAGAAUUUAACUAAAGGUGUGUACUACGGGAAGAAGAACAAAAAAAAUAGGGAUACACCCACACAUAAUGAUUGGAUCCUAGCUUUGGUCAUCUAUAUCUAAUGAGAAAAGUUUUUUGCGCCUUUUGAAAGUCAGCUCUUACAACAACAACUCUUCUACCACAUAACAUUGUUUUUGUUAUUGAACGAACAAGAUCGAUCGUGAUUAAAAUCAACUUUUUAAUAAUUUCAAAAAUAAUCAACCACCUCCCCCCUCCCCCCGCGUCCCUCUCUCGAUCUCGAAUAUUUUAAGCACCACAGAAAACAUUGUUAUUCACGUCCUGAAAGACAAGGCUGGACGUGAAAACAGGUGAAACAACUGCUGCACGUCUGCCGAAUUAUGCUGUUGAGUACAACUGAAGGUGUUCCACUUGAUAGUUGUUGCCUCAAUUCGGUCUCUUUCAAUAGUCGUGGUAAGAAAAUGAUUUCAUUGCUUCGCGACUUGUCUUACUGUCCCUUCCAUUGUUGGAUUAUUGGGAAUGCCAUUGGCCUGGAUGGGCAUUCGUUGUGGGAGUUGACCUCGUGUCAGCUGCCAUUCUGUCUCUGGCCUGGAUGGGCAUUCUAUCAGCUGCCAUGGCAGCAUAUAGUCCUAACGCAAAAAAAAUAAAAUCUACGGGUACUAGGAAAAAAAAAAAUAUAUGAGCGAGAUCUGUUUGAGAGUUGAGAUAAUCACUAGUGGUCCUUAGGGAACGCCAGAGUGGUUCGCGAGCUUCCUCUGUCUUGCGCGAUGUGACUGACGUUAGAGUUAAAGAGUUUAUGCCUUUGCUUCAGUUGAUGAGUAGACUUAUUCAGCGUAAUUAUAAGGGGUAGAGCGUCCCAUCGUUCUCCCUCGCCGAUCUUUUUAUCUCCCGCCCGGUUGUGGCUAUCAGGCAUAAGGUAGCCCCUUUGGUCGGAGUUACCCCUCCACUUUUUGCUUUUUGGUCUUUGUUUUUUUUUUUUAUCGAUCCUUUGUUUUUGGCGAAGUGCGGCUGCAACAUCAUGUGACGGAAAAAAAAAAGUAACAGGAUAAGCUUCAUCUAUACGAUUUUAUAGUAACCUAACCGUAACGGCAACUACUGCCACCCCCAUGCUUUCACCAGGCCGCUCUCAUCACGAUUUUAGCUCCGCGCUGUAGAUGACUGGUGAGGCAUGUGACUUCACCGCUCGAGAUCUCAAAAACAUUAGUUAAGUCCGAUCUCUGCGCUUAUUCUUAGCACAGGCUCGCUUCACUGGUUUCGGGUUUGCUAGUCAUAGUUGUUUUUUAACUGUCAGCUCAUGCGUUAGGUGGUUCAUCAGUAAAUCAAUCAUCAGUGUUGCGGCGUGUCAUACCCCUGCAGGUGUGCUGACUUGCUCAUGGGGCCCCGCUGCGUCGGGUUGCGCCUUAGGUUUUCUACAGGAGUCGAAUGUGCGGCUUCUCCGAUAGAUGUAGACUUGUGGCCGAUUGUCCGGUCUUAUGCGCCUCCAGUAUGUAAUUUGGAUGUUUUUAUAUAGGUUAACUAAUUGAUUGAAAGGGCGGUGGCAUAUAGUCCUAACGCAAAAAAAAUAAAAUCUACGGUGAUCAAGAAUGGUCAUAACAGGGAUACACACAUGACAUGGAUCGUUCUAAAUGAAGGCACAACAACACUUAAGAUGGCUCUUUAAAGAUGAAAUGUUUCAACCUUUACCAUACAUUUUGAAUGGCUUAAAAAAAAGAGCUGAUGCCGAUCUUGCUACGAUGAAGGUGGGGGACUGGGUGGAGGUGGCACGGAAGAGGAUCCAUGACGUGACACGACAACUCUUGCUACUCGAUUUUUUUGGUAGUUUUAGGUGCCUGGCCGUCGUGCUUCAGGCUUCUCGCAGGGUAAUUAAAUGUUCGUAUCGCGAGAAAUAUAUCCUAGGCACC